GUCUCCGGUGAGCUCUCAGGGUUCAACUUCUCAGAUUUUCAUUGAAUUGAAUCUGUAUUUUUGGAUACUAACUCUAUCGGUGAUUUUGUGUAUGCAGUAAUAUAUUGACUCUCGUUCACUCAUGGCUGAGGCUGCUAACGUUGAGGUGUUGGAAUGGCCGAAGAAGAAGGACAGGCGCCGGUUUCUUCACGCCGUGUUUCGAGUCGGCGAUCUUGAACGCACCAUCAAGUUUUACACUGAGUGUUUCGGGAUGAAGCUGUUGAGGAAAAGAGAUAUUCCAGAGGAGAAGUACUCAAAUGCCUUUCUUGGAUUUGGACCAGAGGAAUCUAAUUUCGUCUUGGAGCUAACUUACAAUUAUGGAGUAACUUCAUAUGAUAUUGGAACUGGCUUUGGGCAUUUUGCAAUUGCAACACCAGAUGUGUACAAAAUGGUUGAAGACAUUCGUGCCAAGGGUGGCACCAUCAGUAGGGAACCUGGUCCGGUCAAAGGUGGAUCACUUGUCAUUGCCUUUGUGACAGAUCCUGAUGGUUACCGUUUCGAGCUCAUCCAAAGAGAGCAAACUACUGACCCUCUCUGCCAAGUAAUGCUUCGCGUUGGUGAUCUCGAGCGUUCUAUCAAGUUCUAUGAGAAGGCCUUGGGGAUGAGGGUGGUGAGGACGGUGGAUAGACCUGAAUACCAGUACACCAUAGCCAUGUUAGGAUAUGGGGAGGAACAUGAAACUGUAGUUGUGUUGACUUAUAACUAUGGUGUGACCGAGUACACCAAAGGAAAUGGAUAUGCACAGGUUGCUAUUAGCACUGAUGAUGUCUACAAGAGUGCUGAGGUUGUCGAUCUUGUUACCAAGGAGCUUGGAGGGAAGAUAACAAGAGCACCAGGACCCAUUCCUGGAAUCAACACCAAAAUUACCUCUUUCCUAGAUCCUGAUGGUUGGAAAACUGUCUUGGUUGACAAUGAGGACUUCCUAAGGGAGCUGUACAAACCAGAGGAACCACUUAAAAAGAAGGGUUCUGCUUCUGUAUCCCGCGGCCAAAAGCGUAAAACUCCAGAAUAAAUUAGUCUCUAGAAUGCAAUUGAGCAAUCUUGCCUGUUUAAUUGUGUUCGUUAUUGUAUGACUUGAAAACUCUCUAGAAUUCUGUUUUGUUGGACUCUGUUACAUUUCCAAGCAAAUUUCCCAAUCAAGUUAAAUACAUGAGUUUCGUGUUU